AUGAAUGAAUACACGCUAGGUUCAGUAUCUGAAAUGGUUAAUGCAAAUAGAAAAAUGAGCGAAACGGAUAUUUUACAAAUACCGAACCUUUCCAACAAUUACCAUAAUAUUUACGAACCCCUAGAUUAUCUCACAAAUUACAUUUCCGUAUUGAAUACGACGUACGAUAAAUAUAAUGGACCCAGACUGAGGCAGGAAAAUGAAUUGCAAUUGAUUAAAUAUUACGAGUCAAAGAAACCAACUAGUAUAAGCUCGCUGAGACAUAAUAGUAUUGUGAGUUCUACAGAUUCUACGGCAGUUCAAAGUGAAAAGUUCAGAAUGAAUAACUUGUUUGUUGAUAAGUUUUUAGCAUGUCGUGUCAAUAAAAUUGACUCUCAUCAAUUCGAAAGUUCAAGUGGUUCGUUUAGAUAUUCAAGGGCAAGAAGUCACAGACUCAAUUAUAUGGGGUAUGACGGUUCAAAAGACAGAAGGGAUGACACUCCAAUAGAUGCCAUUGAUAGUGAUUUAGAUGAUGAUAAUAUUGAUUGGACUGCAACACAUGAUAUAGACAAUUUUCUCGUCAGUGAACGGUCAGAUUUUGCAAAUUCCUUUUUCAAGUAUUAUAAGAAGUUAUUGACAGUUGAUAUCAAGGACCUUGGUAUUCUGGAAAAAUAUAAUCUUUGGAUUCCAACUAUAAGGAGGAAAUGUAAAAUUUUGCUAACUUAUGCCAAAGAGAAUGAUUUCGAAAAAAUGACAUGUCCUCUUUUUGUCAAAGGAAUUGACUACCUACCAAAAAGUUAUGACCCUUUUUCUGGAAGCUGUGUUGUACCUUCUUUGUUUUCAGAGUACAAAAUGCCUGCGUUGACUUACCAUUGUUCUUUUGAAUUCAAUAAGGAUAUAUAUGUGUUUGGUGGUUUAAUGGCUUCGAACAGGUAUGACGAUGAAGCUCCAAACUUGAGUAGAUUUCAUGUGGAUGGUAUUAAGAAUUUACCCCCUCCAUUAUUACCCAGUGUGGUCAAUAAUCCUAUAAUGAUUGAUAAUCCUCAUCUUUAUGUCAUUUCUGUCGGUUCUUCAAGAUUAUCAAGACCUGAGCUUUCUGGCCAAAUUCCUCCUCCAUUAUUGUGCGCAACUGCAUCAAAAUUAAGCGAUAGAUAUAUUUUAUUUUAUGGUGGUUUUGAGAUAAAAACUGAAACACAUUUUGAUAUAUCCGGGGAUUAUUAUUUAAAAAGAAGAGCCUUUCUUAAUAAUACAGUAUAUAUUCUCGAUACUGUAUCAUUCAGGUUUACAAAACUGGAAGUUAAUGCGCAACCAUAUCAAUUUGUUAAAUAUCCAAAUUUCGCCCCUAGAUUUGGUCAUAUGCAAAUCUCUGUGAAUAAUAUAGCAGAACUGCCCAGUGGAAGAAGCAGUGAAUGUAGUAGAAGUGAUGCCAGUAUAGACGCUAUUGGAAGUAGUUCGGAUAUUUGUUCGGAUAUUUCGCAGCAGGCAACUCCGGAAAUGGCUCAACCAAAAUCAAGAGCAGACUCUAGUUUGACAGGUGGUGGUAUCAACGUUAAAAUGGGCAAUUCAGCUUUUCCACACAGUACAUCGCUUUAUACUACGAUUAUUUUUGGCGGUUAUAGACAAACAGGCGAUGAUAAAUACGAGGCAAUGAACGAUAUGUGGAAGCUUGAUGUCAAAGUUGUCGCUAGAGGUAAGAAAGGUUAUUUAAAUUUUGCGGAUAGCGUGACGGCUACUAAGAUACCUAUUACAAAGGAUAAUAACGAGAACUGGCCAUCAAGUAGGGCUUUUUUUGCAUAUUCUGUGCCCGAAGCUAGUUUAACCCACGAAACUUCAUUGGAGACGAGACUUUUGGAAAGAUUAAAACUUCAUUUUGAAGAAUCACAGAAGGAAACUGAUAAAGACGUUAAAACGUCUCAAGAAAGCAAAAGUACAAUGCCGAUCUUCCCCAACAUACCACACAACAGGAAUGAAAAGGCAAAUGUUAUAGGCAGUCAUCCGAUGGUUAGACAAUAUUCUGUUAAUCAGCAUCAAUACACUGCUUCACCUAAGACAGAUAAAAACAACACAGAUUAUUUUGACCAAGACAAAUAUGACACUUCAAGAAAGAUAGUACUUCACGGCGGUUCAGAUGAUACCAAUGUAUAUGGCGAUAUGUGGUGGUUUGACUUAGAAACUUUUCAAUGGACCAAGGUUGCUACUUAUAUCAAACCAAAAGAUCAAGAUAGUAGCUUAGUUCCGAUCAAUAUCAAGAUAGUCGGGCACACGAUGAUGACUUCUGGCUGUAUGGCGGUUUGUGUUGGCGGGAUAACCCAAGCUGAAGUUAAUUUAGCCUAUGAUAACCCUUCAGAUGGGGAAGAGUCCCAUUAUAAUGACUAUAUGGGCGGUAGCUUGAUCAAUAUGUUUGAUCUAACUACGCAAUGUUUACAAGAUUGUUCUAUCGAAAUGCAGGCCGAGCAAUCAGGAAAAACACACAUUCAUAGAAGUGAUCCUGACUCCCGUGCUCACUUGAUAACAACAUUCGGAGGCACCGCCCUACAGUAUGAUGGUACGGUUAUUUUAGUAGGCGGCUUGGCAGCAGAAAGACAAUUUAUGGAGAAAUUCUAUCUACGAGGAGCACUUUUAGAAUUCAUUCUACCACCAAUGAGUUUAUCAGAGUGA